CGCCCAAACCUGAAUCUCCCGUCGCCAACUACCCACCACCAAAGUCUCAACGGAAAAAAUGGCUCUCCUAACGCCCCCGGCGACUCCCGGCCGCGCCGCCGGUUCGGCGAAGCACCACGGCGCCGCUUUACUGGCCUCCGUCAACUCUCUUUGGCACCGCGUCACGAAGAAGCUGGGGAACGGCGGCGGCGCGAGAAGCAGCGGCGGUUGUUCCCCCAAAUCGCCGCUCGCGAAGCCCAAGCAACUCCUGGCGACGAUCAGCCUUCUGCGGCGGAAAAAGGCGGCCAACGACGGUGUCCUCGACGGCGACGACUUCGGCGACGGCGGGCUCUGGCAGCGCUCCAUCCUGAUGGGCGACAAGUGCCAACCGCCCGACUUCUCCGGCGUGAUUUACUACGACAGCAACGGGAAUCGCAUGUCGGAGAUGCCGAUGAAAUCGCCCCGCGCCAGCCCGCUUCCCGCUUAUUUGCACUGCCCUUCCCCAAAACCAUAGAGAGAGAGAGGGAGAGAGAGGAGAUUUAGCUUCGCCGGCGAUCAACACAGGUCGCCGGCGAGCGGCGUGCAGUCACCGUGUAACUUAGGUGCUUGGUCUGGGCGUAAUCUAGCCAUCUAGUUUAUUUUAUCUUAUUUUAUUUUCUCUUUUAUCUUAGGGAGUUGAUAUAUACUAUGGUUUGCUUCCCUUUUUUCUUAAACAAAAAAAAUAAAAAAAAAAUUAAUUUUCUGUAUAUUUUGAAUUUCGAAA